AUGUUUUUACCCUCAAAGAAGUUGAGAGAAGGCAAAGUUAGCAGUCCAGAGGUUAUUGCAGGCAUGCUAUUAAGGUCCAGGAGCAAGACUCUUCGCAGCCAAGACGGACGAGGGAGUAGUGGACAGGAACCUAAACACGAAAGUACUCUACAUUGGCCAGCUUUCGAAGGAGAUUCCUUUUACAUCGAUAGUGCGCAUUGUAUGGGCUCACCACCAGCUUGA